UCAUCUGCCUUGGGAUCCUUCCCCCCCUCGCCUCCAGACCAGGCCCGCCUCAGCUCGGGCAACUGCCUACCGGCCGCCUCCCGCCACCCUCUGCCACCCCGGGGUCUCCGGCUGCCCCCUCACGGCCCCGUCCCGAGCUCGCCGGGGCCGAGAUGAUGACCUCCAGCUACUGGAGUGAGACCGGCGGCUGCGGGAACCAGCAGCACCUGCCUCAGUGCCAGCCGCCGCAAUGCCAGCUGUUGCAGUGCCAGCCCGCUCCCCCGCCCCACGUCCACCGCCAGCAGCAGUGCCAGGCCCAGGCGGGGGAGAAGAACGUGGUCUACGAGAGGGUGCGGACCUACAGCGGCCCCGCCAACAAGGUGGCCCAGGCCCUGGACCCUCUGGGCUCCCCCCGGGACACGCUGUCUCCCCUGCACACCGCCUCCUCCCUGCAAAACCUCGUGUGGACCGGCGACCACCCGCAGGAAGUACAGUCUCCAACGAUGAAAGUAGCUACCUGCACCCCAGCCACUCUUCACAUAACGCACAACACUGAGCAGGAGCUCCACUCCCCCUCGGUGAGAGUGACCAGCUACCCCCAGACCACCAUCAGGAGAUACGUCGUGCAGAACCCGGACCAGGACGUGUUCCUCAGAGGGGCCAAUUUCAUCCCCGGAAACAAUGUCAUCUACGAAAAGACCAUCAGGAAAGUCGAGAAGCUGAAUCCUGAGGAAUGCUACCCCAAGCUGCAGUGCCAGCGCCAGGUGGUCCAGCAGUGCGUCCAGGCUCAGCACGGCGGCCAGCACGGUCAAGUCCUCGCCGGAAGCGGCUCGGCCUCCGGACACGCCGGGACGGACCCGUGGAGCGGCGGCCGCCUCGGCCAGACCCACCUGCAGAGUACCAGCUUGCAGGAAAUCGACAGCGGCCCCGAGAAGCUGGACCCCAAGUAUUUCGGGGAGCUGCUCGCCGAGUUGAGCCGCAAAAACACCGACCUGUACCGCUGCCUGCUGCAACACGUGCAGAAAAUCGGAGGAAGAAAGCAGGACUUCGGCUCGGAGACGGAGGACGUCGAGUCGCUGAUCCCCAAAGGACUCUCCGAGUUCACCAAGCAGCAACUCCGCUAUAUCCUGCAGAUGAUAGGGACGUCGGAGAAGUCCCACCGGCUGGUCCUGUCCACCUUCAGCAGCCUGCGGGAGGAGCUGGGCCACCUGCAGCACGACCUCACGGCCCUGGAAAACGACAAGAUCACCCUGGAGAAAAGCCUGGCUUUCAAAGACACACAGAUAAAGGAGUAUGAGGCGCUCCUGGCGUCGGUGAGAGCCAACAACCGCCAGCAGCAGCAAGGACUCCAAGAUUCCAACGCAAAAUGCCGCGAGCUGGAGGAAACCAUCCUCUCCCUCCGGCACAGCCAGUCGGACGCGGAGUAUCGCCUGAAGGAACUGGAGUACGGCAAACGGAACCUGGAGCAAGAGAACAAGAACCUCAGAAUUCAGGUUGCGGACACUUGCACGGGCCCGAUGCUCCAGGCCAAAAUCGAUGAGAUCUCCAGCCACUACAUGGAGAUGGUCAAGAACCUGAGGAUGGAGAAGGACCGGGAGAUCUGCAAGCUGAGGACCCAGAUCAACCAGUUCCAGAAGGACGUCUCCCGGAGAGAAGGGAGCUGCAGCGACUUCCAGAUCAAGCUUCACGAGCUGACGAGCAUGCUGGAGGAGAAGAACGCUGUCAUCAAACGGCAGAUGGAGGAACUCUCCAGGCUGAGGCAAGAGAUUUCGUCGUCCUCCUCCUCCCACCAACAGUCCCUGGGAUGCUCAAAGAAAACCUUCACCACCACCAGGAAGUAUAGAACCCAGUACCCUAUCCUGGGUCUCCUGUACGAUGAUUACGAAUACAUCCCGCCAGGCAAGGACAGAGAGACCAUCGUCAUCGAAAACACGGAGGAUAAGUGGAUCUGCCCGUGAAGACCCCACUGCCCAGAGAAGUUCCCGUCCAAACAACUGCACCGUCCGUUUGCCUCUUCCCGUUUCCCCAUCAGCUAAAUCUUCCGGCCGAUUCCACGUCGGCACCCUCUCGCCGGCGGCUUCUCCGGCCAUCUUUCCGGCUUCCUCCGUGAGCAGGGCAGGUCGGCGGCGGUCCAGGAAGCUUCCGGAAAUCGGGACGGCUGGGGCCGCCGAUUCCUUCACGGGGUUUCCUGGGCGGCGGGGACUCUGGCCCUUUUAAGGACUCCUGCACCCAUUCUAA